UCCGCCGACGCCCUCCAGGAGUUGCCCGCGCCGCUGCGAAACCCCCCUUUGACACGACGACCCGAAUCGAGUAGAGACGAGCCGUUGUCUGCCCUCCGCAUUGUCGGGGUGGACUGAGAUCUGAUGAUGGAACUCGUGGCCACCACCAGCAGUGCUGUUUCACCGCCUGCUCCCCGGCGGGGGAGACGCGAGAAACCAUGGCCGCCCGGAAAACAAAAGAAGUUGCUGCGCCUUUACGUCUGCACCCAGAGCGAACGCCUACCCCUUGUCCGCAUCCUUGAACGCCUCAAAGAUGGCUCCUUCGAUCCAAGGCAGCGCAACUCGCACAAGCACUUGAAGAACCUUCUCCCCGACCGCAGGAUCGAUGAUUGGAGGCCGCGGGAUCUCGCGACCAUGCUGGUGCGCGUGCGCUUCUUGAGGUCGCUGAGGGCGGAGCGGAGGAUUAAGAACCGGAAAGUCCGUCGCCGACUCGAGACACAGCCGCGGAGUCGGUUCGGGCAUGAUUUCCUCGAUGUGCCGGGGACUCGCAUGUCCAUCGACCAACCCCACAUCGAACAACACCCCGUGUUAUACGCCCACAGCCCGAGCACCGACAGCCCAUCCACGGUCAAGCAGUCAGAGUCUGCCGGAUCAACCCCGCAGGCUAUCAGCACCGACUCCUCUGACACCUACCUCCGGGACAAGUCACCCUCCCGGGCAUCCUCGACGACACCGUCAACAAAAUCCGCCAAGCGCAGGUCAUGGGCCUCGGUGCUCUCCAGUAUCUCAUCCGGAAUCUCCAGUCUGGCACGGUCUUCUUCCUCGGCGUCUUCCAAGGGCGCCAAUGUCAACGCAUCCGGCGCCAACACGGCGCUCAGCAAGAUGACGCGGGAGGAGUUCUUGACCAUGCUCCAAGAGAAGCCGCGCAAGCCGAACAAGGGGAACGGCACGCCGGUUAUGGGCGGCCUGUUCAAGUCCAAAUAUUCAACUGUGAACCCCACCACGGAGGACCUGAAUGGGGCUCUGGUCCGGAUGUGUUGCGCUGCCCAUGUUGGUCGCGGUCCGCCAGGGUGCGUCCACGAACGGUUGUCCAAGGCUAUCGACGCCCAAAAGACGGACGGCCACGACUUUACCCACUUCCGCGUCACGGAAGAGGAGGCUAACAUGGUUGACAAGUACGGCAACUCGCUGCUCCAUGUGGCGGCGAGAUGGGGUGCCCGCGUCUCCAUUUUGCUUAUGAUCCUCAAGCGCACCGAUGAGGUCCAACUCGUCAACCACCGCGGCGAGACAUUCCUCCACGUCUUUGACCCGCCUGAGAACCCGCACAUGCGGCCGGUAUCAUUCCUGAACCUUAUCCGGACCCUGCGUUCACGCGGGUUCGAUUUCUGUCACAGGGACGUGGAUAAGCACACGUUCCUCCACCAUUUCGUCGCAAAGAAGGAGUUCCCCAUCGAGACACUGUAUUAUGUGUUUAGGGAGGUCGGUUACGGCGCCGCCCGGUUCCUCGUCGCGAACAAGUCGGCCAACGGGGAGCGGCUGUGGCACAGCAUCCGGCGCAACCUGGAAAAGUCGGCACCGAAGCUUCAUCGCAUCUUCGGUGACGAAGUCGAGUUCAUCCGCCGCUACCUCCCCGAGUUCUCCCCCGACGGAAAGGCCCCCUCCACCGCCGACACGUCCACCAUCGGCUCCGACAGCUCCAUGUCCAUCCACCCGACCGAAGUCCCGGCCCUCGGUCUUGCCGCCGUAGACCCCAACGAUAGCAGCGCCCAAAGCGUCCGCCGCACGCCCGUCAUGAAGCUCCUCCGGCGCGCUGCCGCGGGGAGGGCGGGCCUAUCAGACACGGAACUAACCGCCAAGCUGGAAACCAUCUUCGACGCCGCCGCCAAGGUGACGGAUUUCGACAUGCAGGGCUACCUGGGGAAGCGCGACACCGAGGGCAACACGGCGCUCCACUACGCAUCCGAGUUCGGGCUCGUGCCGGCGGUGCAGUACCUCUGCGCCAAGGGCGCGUCGGUCAACGUGUUCAACAACUGCGGCAACACGCCGCUGCAGCUCGUCAAGUUCGCCAUCCAGCGCACCGACGUCCGCUCCGACAUCCACAUGGAGGCCCGCUACCUGCGCUGCGCCGUCCUCCUGCUCGAGCAGGGCGCCUUCGACCAGAGCAAGCUGGUCAGCGAGCGCUCCGUCAUCUUCCCCUACGACGUCUUCGACGGCAGCGAGCGCUCCAUCAACAACCUCGUCAGCCAAGGGGUCGCCUCCCAGUGCCGCGGCCUGCACCUGCUGACCUCGUCCGUGCGGCACCACAGCCCGGGCUAUCUGGAGGGGCUGGAGCGGGAGUACUGCUCGCACGGGCAUCACCAUGGGCAUCACGGGUAUGAUGGCGCGGGCGGCAGCGGGAUGGGCAUGGGCAUGUCGUUGACGUUCCAGACGUCGGUGCUGAAUUCGCAAGAGAUGGCUUCUUGAGGGGUUGCUGUUGCUGUUGCUUUCUUAGGUCGAACGGUUGUCUCUCCCAUUUGUUAGGAUUGGUUUCUCUGUGUACAAAUACCAUUUUUGGGAUAGCGGCGGCGGUGCAUCGGGAGAGCGUUCUUUUUCAGGGCCUGUUCCCCUUUUUUUGUUUUCUGUUUUGGGGUUUGUCUUUUUUUUUGGUGGUUUCUCCAAGCAGGCGUUCAGAGUUCCGGUUCAUUCUUGGGGCGGGGUCGCCAAAGCAAAACGCUGUUGUUGACUUACAACCGCCAUCUUCGUUCUGUAUUUAUGACCAUAUAUCCGAAAAGGGGCGCCUGAUUUUGGCGUGUUUACUUCAUCUGCUCGUCCCAUCCCCAUCCUGCCAACGAACGCUCAACGGUGGAAUUGCACUCUCGUUGUCUCCCCCCCUUGUCUCC